AUGGAGGAGGCGGCCGGAACCGAGGCGUCCUUCUGCCUGCAGAAAGUUACUCUAACAGAUGACUCUGAAGAUGAUUAUCAGUAUGAAGAGAUUCCAGCAGAUGAUGAAUUUAGUAUUCAGGAAGGUGAUGAGGAUCUGUCAAAGGCUCUGCAGACUAUCCAAGAGCAGGCUGAAGAUGCCCAAAUUUUAGCGUUGCAGUCGGUUGUGUCAUCUGAGAAAUCAGUGUCUGAAGUACCUGAAGCAGUGGAUGACUUCCUCUGCAAUUUCCUGGUCAGACUGGGAAUGUCCAGAACCCUUGACUGCUUCCAGACUGAAUGGUAUGAGCUGAUACAGAGAGGCAUGUUCACAGCCAAAGAUAUUGGAUUGGUUCCAACUGUGUAUACUCACAAUCAGCAACUGGAGACUGAGAACAUGCGUUUGAAGAAGGAUUUGGAAAACUAUAAGCUUGCUGCUAACAAAGCAAAAGAGGCUCUCCUAAAAAUGCAGAAAGAACGUGACUUUCAUCGAAUGCACCAUAAGCGAGUGGUCCAAGAAAAAAACAAACUUAUUUGUGACAUCAAAAGGCUGAAGACACAUUAUGCAUCAUAUGAACCUGUGCUGAAGCAGCUGACUGAAAAAUACCAGACUACACUGAGACAGAAAAUGUUAACUAGUUUGGAGAGAGACAGAGCAGUUGGGCAGGUUACAGGCUUACAAGCUACAUUGCAAAAUUUAGAGUCUGGGCAUGCCAUUCAGAUUCCUGUGACAAAAGCAGGCCAAGAAUGUGUAAGGAAGAAAGGACUAGAAGGUCCCACCCAGAAAGCUCUUCAGGAAGCCAGGCAGCAAAAAAUCAUUGAUGCUGAAAGCUCUUCGCAUGAUCCAGGCAGAGAUCCAAUGAAGAAGAUAGGCAAGAGAUAUCCAAAGGAUUCAGAGUUCCCUGUAGAUAAUCAAGUGAACCCAUACCUUGCUUCUACCAAAGAAUAUACUCAGCCCCUGAAAUCUAGAGUAUAUAGAUUGAGCAACACUCUAAAAGCGCAUGACUUAAUGCUGUCUUGCUUGGCUUUACAUCUCCGAAAAAACAUCGUAGCCACCGGCAGCGAUGACUGCCUCUGGAAAACGUGGGCCUUCCCUAGCGGGAUCGUCAUCGUGACCGGUGAAGGUCACGCUGAUUGGCUUUCCGGCUGCUGCUUGCAUCCGAGUGGUACCCGGUUGGUCACCUCGAGCGGGGACGCAACAGCUCGGACGUGGGAUCUUUCGAAAGGCAAACGCGUCCCGACUUUCGGAGGACGUGCCGUGUGGGACUGCUCGUGGCACUCGUGGGGCGCUUUUGUGGCUUCUGCCUCCGUGGCCAGCACAGGUAGAAUGUGGGGUGUUAACAGUGAGAGAUGCCGACGCACUCUGCGUGGUCGGAAGGCUUCAGGCAAUAGCACAGAGUUUCUUCCGUUCUCCAACACCAUUCUCACUAGCUCUGCUGACAAGACUUUAUCCCCCUGGGACGCCAGGAUGGGACUCUGUGCUCACACCUUGCAUGGUCACCUGCAUUCCUGUAAUCAUGCUACAUUCAACAUGAAGGGUGACACCAUUGCCUCCUGUGACUCCUGUGGGGUGGUGAAGCUGUGGGACGUUCGGACGUUGGGCCCCAUGGCAUCCAUAGACGCAGACCCGCAUCCCGCCAACCAGGUCGUCUUUGAGCCCUCUGGUAGGAUGCUUUAA